ACUUCCGGACUCCGAUUUAGACUUCGCUCAGACAGCAGCAGCAGCAGCUCCAGUGGAGGUUCAGGCUGUCAGCUAGCACGGUAGCCAUACAAGGCUUCAUGACAGAGGUUACCGGGGUUGACCAGCGGCACCCCAACAGACGAGCCUCAGUCGGCGCCACUGCACACCGGACACCAGGCAGAGCCACACCGCUGCCCCGCUCUCCUCAGCUCGCCUUCGUGCUCAAAGUCAACUCAAUGCUGCACUCCCGCUGCCAGCUAACGGACUGAUCCGACUGUGUUACUGCCACUUCAUGAUCCGAGCUAGCCGAGGAUCAAAACAAGGACAAAUCGCUCAAAGUUUAAGCCGCGUUUGUGUUUGACCCGGACAGUAUCCAGCAGCUGGGAGAGACGCGGGCCCCGGGGAGAGCGACUGGACUCGGGGGGCCAGGCAGCCAGGGCAGCGAGGGUGGUGGCAGGAUAAACUAGGGGGGUCGCCUCCAGCUCCUGGUGGAUUUAUCCCCUGCCAGCUAUCGUUAGCUAAGCUAGCUACAAACAGCGCCAUGGAUUGGUUGAUGGGGAAGUCGAAGACGAAGCCAAACGGAAAGAAGCCUCCAGCAGAAGAGAAGAAGCAGUACUUGGAGCUAGAGUACACAAAAAUCCGAGUUGUGGACUUUGACCUCAAGGAGCUGGUGGUGCUGCCCAGAGAGAUAGACCUCAACGAAUGGCUAGCCAGCAACACGACAACAUUCUUCAACCUUAUCAACCUGCAGUACAGCACCAUCUCAGAGUUCUGCACUGGGGAGACCUGUCAAGCCAUGACGGCCUGCAACACAAUAUACUACUGGUAUGACGAGAGGGGGAAGAAGACGAAGUGCACUGCUCCACAAUAUGUCGACUUUGUAAUGAGUCUUUGUCAGAAACUGGUCACAGAUGAGGAAAUCUUUCCCACAAAAUACGGCAAAGAGUUCCCCAACUCUUUUGAGUCCUUGGUAAAGAAGAUCUGCCGGUACCUGUUCCACGUGCUGGCUCACCUCUACUGGGCGCACUUUAAAGAGACGGUGGCUCUGGACCUGCAGGGCCACUUGAACACUCUGUAUGCACAUUUCAUCGUUUUCGUAAGGGAAUUCAACCUGGUCGACCCCAAGGAGACCUGUAUCAUGGACGACCUGUCCGAAAUCCUCUGCACCCCGGCCCCGCCACCCGCCCCCACCCCGGCCCCGUCCACCCCAGCCUCUGCGCCCUCCCCUUCUUCACAAAACCAUGUGACGGAGAGAUGAGCGGGGGGCGGCGUUGAGACAGCAGCCCUGGGGGUGAUAGAAGAUCAGAUAGAGAAGAGAAGGAAAGACAGCCUGGCCCCCUCCUCGUCGGUGCCAGCAGGACUUUAGAGACCUUCCACCACCCUUAUAUUUCGCUACGACACCAACCAACCAGCCGGAA